AUGAAGUUCACUAUCAUCUCCCUCCUCACCGUUGCCUUUCUCUCCGUGGGCCCUGCAGGUGCGAUUCCCGUCGACAACAUGCAAGACCCUACCACUACCGAGGCAAUGUCUCGGACCGACGAUGCCACGCCAGCAGCUACCGGUGCAACCCUGAUGUCCCAUAACUUGGGUCACAACUGUACUGAUGGCCAUGCCCAUGCACAUGGAGAACACGAAGAUGUCGAUCCAGCCACCGCCACUACCGCCCCAGACAGUGACGAUGGGGUGACAGCGUGGGUGAAGAGAGGUCUGCACGCAGCCGGCAAUCCUGAUUCCACGGGUGGUACUCCAGCAGGGGUCUCUUCCUCCGGUAGUCAGGGCAGUUCCAUACCAUCCCAGUCGGGCAACGGUCUAGGAAGCACCGGCCAAGCUGCCAACUGGAUCCAUGGUACCUGCACUACGCGACAGGGACAGCCAAAGGAAGGCGUUUGCCAUGUCACCAUGCCAGGUGAUAACAAGGAAACCAAAUUCAACUGUUCAUCGGAGUUUCCGUGCUCAUAUCUUGGUUCUUGUGUUGUUGCUUCGAAGUUUGACGGCACGCCACGGCUGGCAACCUGCAGCUAA